AUGCCUUUAGGCGGCAAAGGCCCCACAGUUAUUGCUGUCGUUGUUUCCGAGACGAUUAUAUCUGGUCUCUGUCUUGGAAGCCGAUGUUACAUUCGCGCAUCCAAAACUGGCAUCGGCAGUGACGACGCCGUUCUCGUCAGCAGCUGGUGCUUCAUGGUAGUUUUUGCAAUUUUCUACACUAUCAGUUCACAGUAUGGAUUUGGCCAGCUAGUGGCAGAUUUGGAGGCGAGCGACAUCAAGAUGGCAACCCUCCUAGGGAUGUGCGGUCAAUCCUCAGUCGCCAUCGCCAUGGGCCUGAGCAAGGCCGGCGUGGCUCUGUUUCUUGCCCGCAUUGCCAACGUGAAGUGGCAAAAGCGGGUUCUUUGGGGCUGGAUAAUUGCUGCAAUGUUUCUCAGCGUGUUUCUCGCCGUGGCCGUCUUCGCCCAGUGCUAUCCGACUCAAGCCCUGUGGGAUGCCAAUUUCAAGAUCCAGGCAUGCCCUAUUAAUCUAACUCAUCUGGCAUUCGUGCUCUGUUCAUAUACCGCUGCUAUGGACUUCUUUCUGGCUCUCUGCCCGUACUACGUACUCAAGGACCUCAACAUGAAUCGAAAGGAAAAGUGGACCAUCAUAGUGUCGCUGUCCCUUGGUAUCAUUGCAGGAGCAUUCGGCAUAGCCCGAACAGCCGGCCUCGGGGUGCUGGCAUCCACUUCUGAGUACCUAUAUGCAACUGCCGACUCGGUCAUGUUCACGUCCACGGAACUUUUCUUAACCUUGUUCUGUGUAUCCCUCCCCGUCUUCCGACCGCUUUUCAAACGGCUUGCGAGUACACAUUCCUCCGGGCGAACAUAUUUCAGCGACCCGACGGCCCGUUCCCGGGCAGGCAACUUCAGUCAAGUCAAGGGAGCAAAUCGGUUGCGAUCUAAGAAUGAUGAAGUAUAUCCAAUGGAGAAUGUAGGAGGUCGAGUAACGAGGGCCGAAACUUCAGAGGACGAGGGUUUUAGGUCAUCGUGGAGAGACAACGGGAGUGACAAGAGCAUUCUGGCCGACGAAGCCGGGAUCGUCCGCAAGCAGGAGUAUACGGUCACAUAUGAGUAG